AUGACGGCGGAGUGGCAGGAGGAGCUCACGACUCUGAGUCCGCGGGAGACCAAGGGUGUUGAUGUUGGCCUGGACGAUGACUCGCCUGAGGCCAAGAGAGCGCGGCGCUCGGCCAUUGAGAAGAAGUCGAGACAGAGACGGCAAAACGUGCUGCGCCGCAUGCGCCAAGAAGUGAAGCAGCUGGAGGACCACCAGUACUCGCAGUUGUCGCUGGUCACGCAGGCGCUCGAGGAGGAUCGACGGAAGCUGCUCAAGCUGCUGGAGAGCCACGAAGUCUUCCAACGCACGGCGGAGGCCAUGGCCAAAAGAACUAUCGGUGCUGGUCGUAUUACGGCUGGAGAGAGCCAAGAAGACGACGACGACGGCGUUAUCUGGGACACUGGCGUGCCUCGGAGCUCGUCGUUCGCUACUCGGGUGCGGGUCCGCACGCCAGUCGAGUGCUACGAGCUGGUUCGGGAGACGUACGAAAAGAUUAAGCGCUUCGACGACAGCGGCGGGUACUUUGAGUCGACGGGCGCCAGUUUCAUGGGCUGGACGGACAACCGCAGACUCGACGAGGACAUGGCGCUGCAGUACGGUUUCACCAAGACCUUCCCGCUCGAGAGCGCCGAGAAGCUGCUGACGCAGACCUGGGACGUCUUCACCCACCCCGACUCCAUGGCGCACCUCUCCUUCAACUCAUCGACCACGACGCGCUGGCAGGUUGUUCAGACGCUCGGCGACGAUCUCCACAUUGCCCGCCGAGACCAGAAGGUCCCGAACAUGCCGGUGACCUUCGUCAUGGUCAACAUCAUCUUCCGACUGCAGACGCCCACGGGCUACACGCUGUGCAUGCGGACGAUCCCAGCGCCCGAGCUCAUGGACGCGCUGGAGCCGCACGAGUUCUACUACGACGUCUUCCACUGGACCCACUUCAAUCAGGCGUUCGACGAGGAGGGCCGGCCGGCCGGGUGCGAGAUCUCGACGGGCGGCUACAUCCCCGACGCCAAGCAGCUCCUCGCGUCCAAGUACUGGCUGUUCGAGCUCGCCCUGUCCGUGCUGCGCUGGGAGCACAUGUGCGUGGCUCCGCUCUUCCUCAAGAGCAUUUAA